AUGUCUAUGAACAUAUUUGGAGAUAAAGUUACUGAGGAGAGGGGUGAAAAUGCCCGGCUCUCGGCAUUUGUGGGAGCAAUAGCUGUUGGUGACUUAGUGAAGUCUACGUUAGGUCCGAAAGGAAUGGAUAAGUUGCUUCAAAGUAUGUCAUCUUCGAAGGCAUUAGUGACAAAUGAUGGUGCAACAAUAUUAAAAUCAAUUCCGUUUGAUAAUCCGGCUGCGAAAGUUCUUGUUAACAUAGCAAAGGUUCAAGACGAUCAAGUUGGUGAUGGUACUACUUCAGUUACAGUUUUUGCAUCCGAGCUUCUCAGGGAGGCUGAAAAAUUGGUGGAUCAGAAAAUUCAUCCACAAACGAUCAUAGAAGGUUACAGAAUUGCGGAAAAGGCUGCUCUUGCUCAACUUGAAAAGCUUGCUGUUGAUAAUUCUGACAACACCGAAAAAUUUAAGGAUGAUUUGCUAAACAUUGCUAGAACGACACUAUCCUCUAAGAUUUUGUCUCAGGAUCGUGAUCACUUUGCUAAGAUGUCGGUUGAUGCUGUUUUGCGUCUAAAGGGGUCUACAAAUUUGGAUCACAUUCAAAUUAUAAAAAAAGCCGGUGGCAAGCUGUCGGACUCAUUUCUUGCUGAGGGCUUCAUCCUGGAUAAGAGAUUUGGCGUUGGCCAACCCAAGAAGAUUGAAGAUGCCAGAAUUUUAAUUGCAAACACACCUAUGGAUUCUGAUAAGGUCAAGAUUUUUGGUGCCAAAUUCAAGGUUAAGUCGACAUCGAAAUUAGCUGAAUUGGAAAAGGCCGAGAGAGAAAAGAUGAAAAGUAAGGUUGAAAAAAUUAGGCAGUUUAAUAUCAACUGUUUCGUCAAUAGGCAAUUAAUUUAUGAUUGGCCAGAACAACUGUUUACUGAUUCUGGUAUCAAUUCUAUAGAGCAUGCUGAUUUUGAUGGUGUCGAACGGUUGGCCUUGGUUACGGGUGGAGAGGUUAUUUCGACAUUUGAUAAUCCAGAGAAUGCAAAGUUGGGCCAUUGUAAGUCUAUUGAAGAAAUACUGAUUGGUGAGGAUGUUAUGACAAGAUUUACUGGUGUUGCGGCAGGAAAGGCAUGUACUAUUGUGUUACGUGGAUCUACUGAUCAAGCAUUGGAUGAGGCUGAACGAUCCCUUCAUGAUGCAUUAUCUGUUCUUUCUCAAGUUACAAAAGAAACUAGAACCGUUCUUGGAGGUGGAUGCUCGGAAAUGAACAUGUCUAAAGCCGUGGAGCAAACUGCACAAAAUGAAUCCGGUAAGAAAUCUUUGGCAAUAGAAUCAUAUGCUAAAGCCCUCAGGCAGCUUCCUACGAUUUUGUGCGAUAAUGCGGGCUAUGAUUCCAGUGAACUAGUUUCUAAGUUAAGAUCAUGUAUAUAUAAUGGACUUACUAAUUCUGGUCUUGACUUGAACAAUGGUAAGAUUGCCGAUAUGUCUGAUUUCGGAAUACUUGAGAGUUACAAAUUGAAAAAGGCUGUUGUUUCAUCUGCCUCCGAAGCAGCUGAAGUUUUAUUACGUGUGGAUGAUAUAAUAAAAGCCAAGCCAAGGACUGCAGACAGAGGUAGAGGUCAUCCAUAA